CGCUUUCAGUCGGCGUCGGCGUCCCCUGCAUCUCAAUCUCUUUCAAGUUCAAGUGAUUUAAACAAUUCAAAUUCAAAAUUAGAUUCAGCUUAAACAAAUUAAAAUUAGAUUCAGCUUAAACAAUUCAAAAUUAAAUUCAGCUUUACAUAAAUUAAAUACAUUACCAUGGAACAAAACGAAGACAAAUCCUAUAUUAUUUAUCAGGCCUAUCUGGAAGCAAUGACCAAUCUAAAAAGAACUCUCGAACACCUCCAAGUACAACAAGAUGACGUUGAACUCUCCAGGGAUUUGGAUACCCUUCUUCAGAAGGUUCAGUCCCGAAUGUCACAAGAUUCGUCAAGAAGUGUCCAGACGGAUGAUGCUUCCUCGUUGGCUCGAUCCAACACAUCUCAGAUGAGUCAACAACAUCUUCACAAUAUCGUCACAACCUCGAGAAGACAGAUAGCAAAUGCCAUGGAACCAGGAACAUCCCCAAUGAGUCCGGAGAACAUAUUUACGUCCACCCGAAGAGAAUCAUCAGAUGCCACUGUGUCAGUAGGCCUACCAGACGUGUCCCCGAUUUCGAAGAUCACACACACCAAUCCUAUUACACAACUAUCUCCUGAAGAACAUCAGGAGGAAAGUGUUCUCCUCUCUUCUUCUGACGAGGGAGAUAACUCUACUAUGACAACAAACAAGACCACCAAAGGAGUAACACACCCUAAACCUGAGACUGACUUACAACAACUCCAACACCAUCUCCGUAAGAUGGAAGAGGCACACCACAGUACUAAUGAAGAGCUGCAGGCGACGAUCCAAGAACUUGCUGAUUUACAAUCACAGCUGGAGGUCUCUAAAACAGAAAAUGAGAAGUUGAAGGAAGAGCAAACCAUGCUACUCGAAUCAUUAUAUCGGCAGACAGAGCGACUUCAAGCAGCUAAAGUGGAAAAUGAAGACCUACAAAAGAGCAUCAAGGAGGGAGUCGGCGUUCCCGAAAGGGAAAAGAAGCUGAUCGACCUGCUUCAGCAAGGUCAAAAUACCAGGGAAUCUUUUAUUUCCCAAAACAAUGAACUGACUCAGAAAUUUAACGAAGCCCAUAGAACAAGAGAGCUGACGGAACAACAGAACUCGUCUCUAAGAGAGACAGUUAGGGAGUUGGAGGUAACUGUAGAGGAUGUUCAGUUUGAAAAACUUGCAAUUGAAGAAGAGUUGAGACAUCUGAAAGAGGAUCAAUCCCUCAGAUACUUUGAGGUGUUGCGUCUAAAUGUUCUACUAGACCUUGAAGAGUGCAAGGUGAAAGAACUAAAGGCAGCUCAAGCUAGCUUGGGCAACGAUAACGAACUAUACAAUAUAGUAAACAAAGUUAUGAAGGAAAAAGAACAGGCAGAAGUCAAAAUGGCCGAGUCAGAAGAUGCUCUGAAACGUACUUUGAGUGAGAACAUUCGACUGAUGAAGCAAGUAAAUACACUACAGGAACAGAUCACCACACUGAAAGAAAUUACAGCUAAUGCAAUCUCCGACCUAGAAAACAAUACCAAGUUACAGAAAACAGAACAAAAGUUAGCAGAAGAAAAGAUAAAUGAGAUGGAAAUAAUGUCAAAAGAAAUUAAACAACUAAAUGGCGUACUUUCUCAAGAAUUGCAAAGUGCAACAGACAAUUUAAGACUUACUGAAGAAAAACUACUAGUCACUACUAAACAACUUGAAGAUUGUAAGAGACGGAACCUUAAAGAAAAACUAAAAAUAGAGAGUGAGUGCCGAGAACUUCAACAGAUCCAAGAAGACCUCCUAGUGGCUGUUCGGGUCGCUAACGAAAUAAAGUCGGAGACCCAGCUCCACUUCGAAAAACUACAGAUUAAAGUCAGGGAGCUUGAAGAGAAAAACGCAUCCCUCCUUACCCAAAUAGAAUACUUGACUAAAAGAGACAAAGACACUGUAAAGCCGGUAGAAGAGGUAUUUAAAAUACCAGCACCACAACCUGCAACUCCUGCUGCGGCAGCAACUCCUGCUACCGCAUCUGUACCGGAUCAAAAAAAACCUUCAGCCAGGCCAUCGUUGCAGUGUGUCAACGUCAAACAACUGAUUGACACUAUAGAAAAUGCCAAUAAAAAAAACAAGAAAGAUUCUGGGACUUAUUCAAAAGCUGUGAGCCCUCAACAAGAGGCCCUACCUUUGAGGCCUCUCACCAACAACAAACAAUCAUAUGAAAACAAGGAUCCACUUUUUCCCCUCCCGGAUAAAAAUGUAGGGUCGAAAAGAAAUGCUCUGUUGAAGUGGGUGCAAACCAGAGUCCAGGGCUACUCUAAUAUAGAAAUUACUAAUUUUAGUAGCUCCUGGACUGACGGUAUGGCACUCUGUGCAUUACUGCACACGUACAUCCCCAACAAAGUACCGUACAACCAGCUGUCCCCGAACAAUAGGUCACACAACUUUAGACUGGCGUUCUCUGCCGCUGAGUCUGUUGGGAUUCCAACUAUCCUAAAUAUGACCGACAUGCAACAGGAACGGCCAGACUGGCAGAAAGUCAUGUCAUACAUCAGAGAAAUUUACACAUACUUUGAAGGCCGUGAAACGUUAUAAAUAAGUUUGAUACCUUUAACAGAGUUUUGAUGACAAAGUCAAUUUUAACUGUGAAUACAGUAUACAAUUUUAAAUAUUUGAUAAAACUGUUAAAUAUAAGUUUUAUGUUAAAUACGUUGUACGCAUAACUUUGUAGUGUUUGGUGUAUGUGCCCAACACCUUUAGAAAAACUUUCCCAACACCUUUUGAAAAACUUUAAAAAAUAUCCUAGUGGCUUUAAAUUUAGCUGUAAAUGUAAAUUUAUUUUAAUAUAGUUAAAUGUAAAAUUAUGUGUAGUGCAAUUUUUGCAAAGUGAGCUAUUUCCUCCUGGAAUUAAUUUAUGCUCCAGCUUGCUUAUUAAUUACUUGUUUUGCAACAGUUAGUUUCACUGGGCGUAUGUCUUGAUAUUUACUGGAUAUGAUAUUCUGAAUUCAAUGAUUAUUUACCAUUAUUGGUUGUUUGUUAUUUCAUUUAUUUUAACUUGACACAAAACUAGGGGUCUGCGGGUCAGACUUUUUUGGUUCGGGUCGGGUCGGGUCGGGCCGAUAAUAAUUGUGACAAAACGAUACAUGAACUUCUAUGUCUGAGUGUGUGUUAGUUUUAGCUCAACCUUGUAUGACAACAAAGACAAUCUUGUGAUAUUACUAUAGGUUUCUGAGUCAAAUACUCAAAAGUGAUAUAAAAAACCAAUAACAUUAUUUAUAUUAGAGUGUAAUAUAAUGUGCUUUAGGGAUUCUCCUUCUUUAACCUUUAUUUUUAAUAAUGAAUUUAUUGGAACAUUUUCUGGUCUUAACUUUUUUAUAGCUUUUGGUUCAACAUUUUUUAUUUUGAUACAUGAAUUCGGAGGCCAAAAAUUCAGUUUCCUAAACUCAACACAUGUUAAAAGAUUUUUUAAAGUUACUUUUAAUAACAAAUCAAAACAAGAAUAGUGUAGAUAUUUUUGUGAUGGAAACAGCUUAACCAAUAACCAGCUGUUCUAUUACAUCAGAUAAAAUAUUUUGGAAACAUAACUCAAUAUAUUUAAUAUAUUUUUAAUAUAAAUGUAGUUGAAUGAGCUAAAAGUAAGUGUUUGUAAAGGUUAAAAGCCCCGAUGUAGGUCAAUGCCAGUUGAGGUUUGUAUUCCUCUAAACUCAAUUCCUAACUUAAGACUGAUAAAUGUUCGUAUAACAUCUGUGUGUAUAUUUUGUAUAACUAGUCUUAUAAGAAGGCCUUGUAUGGUUUUUUCCAACUGAAGGUAUGAAAGUGAAAUGUAUAUUUUUCUACUAGGAUUUAUCAAUUUGCAAAGACUUUAAACAUUUAAAUGGACCAAACUUUCCAAUACAAGUAAAAAAAAAACGAUGGUCCAUAUUAAUGAACAGACUGAUUUGAAUCUCGCCUAUGGCACAACUUUGUAUUGUAUAUAGAAUAGCUCCUUGUCACUAAAAGGUGCAAUAAUGAAUUGUUAAUUCAUAUGCCGGCUUCUUGCUGUCGGAAAAGUUAUAUUGUUAUUCAUGUUUGUUUUAUUUGUUUUUGGAUUAACACUAUCCAUAGCCUUGAUUCCACUCUGCAGAUUUAAUUUAAUAGAUAAUAAUUUCAUGGAAUACCCCAUGUAUUACUUGCAGCUAUAAGUAGUAUUAUUAUAUUAUAAACAUUUUCUGUUUAAGUUACUGUAGCCAUUGCUAUUCAUUGUGUUAACACUUGUAAAAAGGAAGUAAAUUUCCUUUAUAAUUGUUAUUUCUUUUGUUAUUUUAUUGCCAAUGUGGCAUUAGUAUUAGUUAUUAGUUGUUCUGACUCAUUAUUUGGUUUUGGCUUAAAAUUUGGGGAGUUUGCGCCACUCUCUCAUCUCUAUCAAUUAAAGGAUAAUUAAGUUAAUCAAACAUAUGGUUUAAUGUAAUACAGUAAAACCUCAUUAACUUGACAAUUUAUGGACUUAGAGGUUGCCGAGUUAUCCAGAACAUUGACAUUUUUAAUUGGUUUUAGUAAAUGAAUACUUAACAGACAAAUGUUUACAUAUAAAUUUAUUACUUACAUGAGUAUUUUUACAUAUUGAGUAAACAAUCUUUAGAGAAAUGUUGAAUAUUCAACAAUUAAAACCUAAUUAUCUGAAAAAAUUGCAUUUUUUGUGUGUGCCCUGUCAGCUGUCGACUGUCGAGUUACCGAGUGUCGAGUUAGUGAGGUUUUACUUUAUUAAUACAGUACUUGUAAUGUUGUAAUGUAAAGAUGUUCUCAAAAUAUCUUGUAUUUUUUGUUGGAGUUAUUAAAAAUUACCUAAAAUACGGCCACCUAGUAAUAAAAUGUGCUAACCCCUAACUAAAAGUUUUCAUGUCAAACAAACAAUGAACAAUAUACCAUGGUCAAAAGAAUUACUAUUUAAUCAACAACACGUAAAAAAUAUCUUUACAAGAUAAAUUACUGCAAUGUUGGUUUCACACUGCUUAUCAUAGUUAUUGGUUUCCAGCUUAUUAUUAUUAUUUUAUAACAAAAGUUAUAAAGUUUUAAUCAUUGUGUUUGUAUGUACAGUAGAAUCCCUCUUAACCGGGCUCCUCGGGACUGAGGCCAGUCCGGAUAACAGUUUUUCUGGUUAAACCGACGUCCCCAAAAACUUGUUAAAUUGGACUGUUUAAAUGCAUGCUGUAUACAGUAUGUGACUUAAAUUUAGGAGAGCAUUGUAUUUAGACACGUAUGAUCACUGGUCUCAAAACUUUCCCACCAGAACAGUCGUUUUAUUUCCACCCACUUCCUUCUGAUCUAGUCCGGUUCAACCGAUGUACUGAUAAAAAUUGUCCGGUUACAGAGAUGACAUUUCCGUCAAGUGUAGUCUGGUUAAACCGAUGUCCGGUUAAAAGGUGUCCGGAUAAGAGAGAGCAUACUGUACUUACAUUUUUGACAAAUCUCCUUUAGUUACAAACACUAUCCUCUUUCAAAUGUUUGACAAAAUAAUCUCCUAUUUAUUUAUUCAAUUCAUUCUCUACGUUUGUAUUAUUUUAGAUUUUCAACUUUGCAAAAAAUAACUUUUUAAAUAUUUGUCAUUUAAUUAAUUAAUUAGGUAGAUAUGAUAAGAUGCAAUUUAGCCCUAUGUUGCUUACAAAAUGUGUGCGUACUGUACUUCCAACAAGUCUAGCCUAAUUGUUAUUCUAGUUUAUUGGCUGUCCCUCAAGUAAACAGCCAAUUUUCGGGAAAUUAUUCUAUGGGUAAAAAUUAAAAGAAAAUCAGGAAUUGACUUUUUUCCAAAAUCGCUUUGUUAACCAGAGACACACAAUUUUGUAUUUUUAUUUUUAAAUUGUUUCAACCAAUCUUUUUGGAACUAUAAAGUAAUAUGUAUAUUAAGAUAGAAGGGACCUAUGUGAGGAAAAAAAUCAACUUGCUCCAUUACAAAAUCUCUAAAUGGCGGAAUUUUUAAUUUUAAUUAUUAAUUAAAAUUACAAAAAAGUUGCAGAUUCUAUGAAAAGAUGUAAAGAACACGUUUAUUUAGUAUUUUAAAUUUCCUAUCAAACUACACCAAGUUCAUCAAGAUCAAAAGAGAAUUAGCAGAAAUCAAAUAUCACAAUUUUCUGUUGUAAACUGAGGUCGAAAGAGGCUAAGCGUGAGGUUGCAAAUAAUUUUCAACUAAUAAUCUUAAUAUUCCAGCUGUUUUUUAUGCGAUAAUUUUAAAUUUGGUGACAUACUGUUGGAAAUUUUAAACUCAAAAUGAAAGGGUUUUUUGAAAAAUGUUUCCAUAAACUCAACCAUUUUUAGUAAUUUAAACAUGACAAUCUGUUUUAAUUGUAUUAAUCAUAUGACAAUGCCCCUUUUCAUGUACAUGAUAAACGGCAAAUAAAUCAUUUCAUUUAAUCAUAAAUUUAAAAUGGCAACAAAUUUGAAAUUUGUAUUGGAGCACGUUGAUUUUUUCCUUUUAUAGUUUUUAUACCUUAAUAUACAAACCAAGUUUUAUUAAGAGCUGUUGGAACAAUAAAAGAUAACAAUGUUAAUAGUGAUAAUAAAAAUGGUGGAUAUCUGAUGAGAAGUGAUUUUGGAAAAAAAAUUCAUUCCUGGUUUACUCAUAGAAUCAGAGUCAUAGAAUCAUUUCCCGGAGUUUGGAUGUUUACUUACGGAACACCCUCCAUAUUUUUUUUAAAUUUGAAUAUGAACAAUUAAUCUCAAAAAGAGUGGUGCAAGUUUAGAAAGCAAAAUUAUCUUUACUCGCUUAAAACUCUUUAAUCUAAAUCAAUUUAUCCAAAGAUACGUUAUAAAAUUGAUUGUUUUGUAAUCCAAUCUAGUCACUAGAUUUUGUUCAUUCAUAAAGUUUAUUUCAUAGUUCCUACUCUACGUUUUUUUUAGCCACAAUGUCAAAUUUCAACUAUAUUUUCUUGAAAUAAACAUAGUGUUGUUUUUC